CUUCAUUCACCAUCAUCACUUUCCCAGGAUCAAUUUUUACUGGUGUCGGCGUGACCUCUUUACCUCGAUCUGCAGCUACCAAAAUUUCAAAUUACAUUCCCGGAGUACAUAUUUCCGCACAAAUUUGUCAUGUUCCGUUUUAAAAAGACAGCUACCAUUUUGUAUCGUUCUGUGGGCAUCGUGUUGUCAAACCAAAAUGAUGGCGGAGAAUUGUGUCCCGGAUUCGUGCUUCGAAAACCUUCCAAAGCUGGUUGAUGACCUUGAUGACUACCUGAAGGCAUACCAGGCCUAUGCCGAGUUCUCUGGGCUCAAAGUGGACAUUUACAAGGACUGGGCCAGGAUUGUAUUUGAGGAGCAGGUUGUCACCCAUUUCAUUUCCAAGUUUCCGUGUAAUGGAACUCUCCGGGUGCUUGCUGUGGGGAGCGGUGACGGAAAAGUCGAUAGCUGCAUGCUUGAACAGCUAGUGGCAAGGUACCCCCGCAUACAUUACACGGUUGUCGAACCCGCCAAUGAACCACUGGAGGAAUUCAAAUCCCUCAUCGAUGAAAGCCGACCAAAGUUCGACGGUGUCGAGUUCGAAUGGCACAACGAAACCUUCGACGAGUUUCAGAAGUUGGAGGAAGAGAAAGCGAAAUCGACGGGUGCGGAUAAAGAACGGUUUCAUCUCAUCCACGCCAUUCAUUCACUGUACUAUGCCAAUGACCUACAACAGGCACAUACCUAUCUGAGGGACAGGCUGGUCAAGCAAGGAGCUCUUCUUGUUAUACUUCUCUCAGAAGAAGCUGGCAUCUAUCGCGUAUGGGAUCGACAUCCCAAGUUAUGUGAAGGAAGCCCCGCAACCAACCUCUGCUCCGCCCAUCUACGACAGAUUUACGCCCAAUCCGACACGCCCUAUACAUUCCACCACCAAUCAUGGCCCUCCGAUAUCUCGCAGUGUUUUGACGCCGCCUCUGUCCAGGGAGGCCGGAUGCUCGAUUUCAUAACCCACGUGAGGAAUUUCCGCCAAUCAGCACCCAAAGAACUGAAGAAGGAUGUCAUUGCUUUCUUGAGGAGAUUGAAUCAAAGCGACAAAGAGGAUGAGACAAGCUCAGGGGGAUACCAGCGAGACUGGGACUCCAUGGUAAUGAUAAAAUCCUGAUGAAUUAGAGGAAAUAUUGGAUUCGAUAGAAGAUUUUUUUUUACUAGGCUUUGAAAGUGGCCGCUCAAAAACUCAAAUAUCUUGAAUACCUUCGAUUUUUGUCUCACCUGCAUCGCAGAGUGAGACUAUUAUAUAGGCGCCGCUUUUCCGACGGCGACGGCGGCGUCAACAUCAAAUCCUAACCUAAGGUUAAGCUUUUGAAAUGACAGCAUAACUUAGAAAAAAUAUGGAACGAGUUCAUGAAACUUACAUAAGGUUAACCAAGUAUUACUAAAUAUCUUGCCAAAGUUUCAGGUCACAUGACCAAGGUCAAAGGUAAUUUAGGGUCAAUAAACUUAGACCAUGUUGGGGAAUCAACAUCGAAAUCUUAAACUAAGGUUAAGUUUUUGAAAUGUCAUCAUAACUUAAAAAGUAUAUAGACCUAGUUCAUGAAACUUGGCCAUAAGGGUAAUCAGAUAUCACUGAACAUUCUGCCUGAGCUCCAGGUCAUCUGAACGAGGGCAAAGGUCAUUUAAGGUCAGUGAACUUAGGCCAUGUUGGGGGUAUUUUUUGUUGAAUUACCGUCAUAACUCUGAAAGUGUAUUGGUAUAGUUCAUAAAACUUGGACAUAAGAGUAAUCAAGUAUCACUGAACAUCCUGGGCGAGUUCCAGGUCACAUGUCCAAGGUCAAAGGUCAAUAAACUUUGGCCAUGUUGGAGGUAAUUGUUAAAUUGCCGUCCUAACGUUGAAAGUUUAUGGAUAUAGUUUAUGAAAUAUAGACAUACGUAUGAGUAAUCAAGUAUCACUGAUAAGUCUUAUUAGGUAACAUGUUCAAGGUCAAAUGUCAUUUAGGAUCAAUGAACGUUGUAUUAUAACAUUAUAUGAAUGAUGUUUUUGUGAAUAAUUAUUUUAUAGUAGUUUUUAAAGUCAGCACUGCUGCUAUAUUGAAUUGCGUAAUGCAGGUAAGACUGCCACAGGCGCUCCACUUGUUGCUCAUUUUGAAAAAUUGUCACGGAAACCUUUCAUGAAUAGCACCACCACUUUUUCGGGGCGGUUGCUUUCAUCGGAAGAAUAGGCAAUGUAUACUGCAGAUAUAUGCACAUAAUCUGCAAAAUUCAUUGAUAGAAUCAUCGCCAGUGUUCGAAGUAAAAGUAAAAAAAAAAGUAUCCGUUUUAUAAAUCACGUUUACUACAUGAACUCUGAGUCCCGAUCGAUCUAUGAGAUUUAAAAAGAACCUUAACCCCCCCCUGACACCGCCCCUGAUUAUAGUUUUUACAGGAUAUUUUACAUUAUUUGAUUUCCAGUUAUGUUGCUGUCUUCGUUUACUUAAGCCCUGUCUAUUAGUCUAUUAGCCGUUUGACAUGACAUUCAUUAGAAAAAAAAUGCAAAGAACCGUUUUCAUGAUAUUGAAUCAAAUCUCGAGAGCAUUUCACCAAUAUUUUCCGUCUGACAAGUUUACCGAUCCGACAACUUUCCUUGGUUUUGAUUGGUUGAGAACAGUUCCUAUGGUAACUGUCAGAUAAAACAUAGUUUGUCAGAUAAGAUAACCGACAAGUCCGUUCACGAAACGCCCCCCCCCCCCCCAGGGUUAGUACAUAAUUGUUUGGAGGAGCUUACGAAAUAAACAUUUGGGUCAUCAAACAUUGUUUAUGAACUGUAAACAUCGAUUUAUCAUUUAUCAAAUCAAGAUGUAUCUAUCAUGUUUAUAUCACGUGAACAUCACAUAAAAAACUCUGAAACUAUAUAUUUUCUUCAGUCUAAUAAUGUCCAGAUAAGUUUAAUGAAAAACAUCAAUGUAUCAUGCCAUGUAUCUUUAAAGCAAAUGUAAAUAAACUGAUAAAGUACAGUA